CUCCCUUCUUGAGUCGGCUCUUCUUUUCCAGUUUGUUGUCUGUUCGACCUUCUUACUUAGGUGCGCAACAUCUCCCUCAAGUUGUUUAGUUUCGAGGCCACAUAGCUCGACGAUCGUCUUUGGGUUGAGAGUUUGCAUGCCAAUUGGCGCCGUGUAGCCAUGAGUGCACCAGCUCCCCGUCCGCCGCCCCGCCGCCCGAUCUUCUUAGAACCAUGGUUCCAGGACAUGAUGAAACCCGGAAUGCCGCCGAUACUCGUCUCAGAUUUCGAAGACGACCCGCCCGUUACUGUUAGGUACAUCCAAGGGAACAAUGAUCUGGACUUCAAGACCGUGUACACUAGCAUCAGGACUCUAUCUCAUCAUCCCGGCCGCGGUCUGCUUGAUACAAACAAUGAGGAUGAUCCAGACCCAGACUUCUACAUAGAGAAAAAGUGCGACCCAGCAUUUCUUGAGGCUUUCUGGAAAUGCGCUGCCUAUCUCUGCGAUUAUUUCGCCGACUUUCUUGCGUUCGACACGGCUCAUAUGCAGAGCGUGUGGUUUCACCUGCUGGACAAGUUGCAAGAAGCCACCAUUCUGCCCCACUAUUUCUGGAUAAGUCGCAUGCCGUUCUGCGAACACUCGGAAGACUUUGUAGGGGACACCAAUAGGCUUUACGUACUUAUAUCAGGUUUGAUUGCUCCCACAAGGAUCGCUCCGCCCUCAAAUAUCCUUGGUACGGACUACAUGAACAAGGACCGUCGAGAUGACGGUGUAUCGGGCCUUAAGGGAUGGCAACAAUUUCUCUACAAGGACUCUCCAGGCUUUUUCGUGCCCAAGUCCAAGAGGUUGUAUCCGAUGACUGCCGGAACACCUACAGAUCGCAUGGUAUUUGAGGCACACAUACCCCGUGGUGGCCUGGCAAUCGUCGACAGUCAUACCAAAAAGUUGAGGGAGCUCACAGAACAGGUUUCUCGGGUGAGAUUUGCGUAUAAUUGGUAUAAGGCUCGUUCUGAUAAACGUAGGGAGAAUCGAGCGCCCACACCGGAGCAAAAGCACUCGCUGAGUUUGAUCAAAAGGUACACCAAACGGAAAGAGAUGAUACCUGAUCCUAAGCUACCUCGAGCGCCUCGUCGACAUCCUGACCUAGUUGACCCAGGCUUUCAAAACCUGAAGCCUGGUCUAGAACGUCUGAACGAGUUGACUGGAGCAUACAAGGGCAAAGAUAUCUAUCAACACCCUGAUGAUGAUGAUGAGAAAUUUCCCAUGUUGAGUCUCGGGUAUCCCGAGGCUCCACAGAAUCGAACACUGCAGUCGAGGGUCGACCGUGCUGCAUACUCUGAAAUGUACAUUCCUUGAUUGGGGACCUUUGAGUCGGAUUCAGUGCCUCUAAUCGCGAACUUGCCGUUGUGUGCUUUCACUUGUCGAGCUCGUGGUUCACACCACACUCUCCUGCCUGUCACUGGCUCGAGCAGGAGUGAAUCCUGAAAGCCAACUGGUGCUUCAGCGGACGACUUCGGACGAUGAAGGACCAAGAAUUUAUUUGCAACGGUUCUGCUAAUCCAGAUUCGGUGUUCGUUUCAUGAUUAAUCUGUAGACGAAGCGGACUGUGCGAUGAAGAUCACUCGGCUUGG